UCCUUCCUCCCACCCACCCUCUCUCUCUCUCUCUCCAAAACCCCAACAAACCUCUCUCUCUCCACUCUCUCCAGAUCUUCUUUCUCUCUCUAGGGGGGAAAACCAUGGACUCGGUGGCUCUGUGGUGCACCGGAGCCCUCAUCGCCGGCGGCAUCUACUGGUUCGUCUGCGUGCUGGGGCCGGCGGAGCAGAAGGGGAAGCGGGCCACGGACAUCUCCGGCGGCUCCAUCUCCGCCGAGAAGGUCCAGGACAACUACGACAGCUACUGGUCCUUCUUCCGCCGCCCCAAGGAGAUCGAGACCAAGGAGAAGGUCCCCGACUUCGUCGACACCUUCUACAACCUCGUCACCGACAUCUACGAGUGGGGCUGGGGCCAGUCCUUCCACUUCUCCCCCGCCCUCCCCGGCCGGUCCCACGCCGACGCCACCCGCCUCCACGAGGAGAUGGCCGUCGACCUCAUCCGCGUCUCCCCUAACGACCGCGUCCUCGACGUCGGAUGCGGCGUCGGCGGGCCCAUGCGCGCCAUCGCCGCCCACUCCCGCGCCCGCGUCGUCGGCAUCACCAUCAACGAGUACCAGGUGGCCCGCGCCCGCGCCCACAACAAGAAGGCCGGCCUCGACGGCCUCUGCGAGGUCGUCUGCGGCAACUUCCUCGAGAUGCCCUUCCCCGACUCCUCCUUCGACGGCGCCUACUCCAUCGAGGCCACCUGCCACGCCCCGCGCCUCGACGAGGUCUACGCCGAGGUCCUCCGCGUCCUCAAGCCCGGCACCCUCUACGUCUCCUACGAGUGGGUCACCACUGACAAGUACCGCGGCGACGACUCCGACCACGUCGACAUCAUCCAGGGGAUCGAGCGCGGCGACGCCCUCCCGGGGCUCCGCAGCUACGCCGACAUCGCCGCCACCGCGAGGCGGGUGGGGUUCGAGGUGCUGGAGGAGCGGGACCUGGCGGCGCCUCCCGCCGGCCCCUGGUGGACGAGGCUGAAGAUGGGCCGGAUCGCCUACUGGAGGAACCACAUGCUGAUCAAGGUCGCGGCGGCGCUCGGGGUCGCGCCCAAGGGGACGGUGGACGUCCACGACAUGCUGUUCAAGACGGCCGACUACUUGACCCGCGGCGGGGAGACCGGGAUCUUCACCCCGAUGCACAUGAUCCUCUGCAGAAAGCCCAAGGACUCGCCCCCCGCCGAUUCUUAGGUUAAAAUCCGCGACCCAUGGUAACGACACCCCAAUUUCAAUGGUUCCCUUUUCGUUCUUCUUUUUCUCGUUUUCUUUUCUUUCGUUGCUGAACUGAGUUAUGAUGAUCACUGAAGAUUAUUCACUGGGGGAGAGAAAAAAAAAAAAAAAAAAAAAAGAAGAGAAGUUAUUCUGGGUUUAUUCUGGGUUUUCUUCCUUUUCUUCUUUUGCUUCGAUUUUGGGGUAUAGCUUCUUCCUUGUUACCCUUUGGGUUUCGCAAUUUGAAUACUGGUUCAGAAAAA